AUGGCUUCCCCGAUAUUUCAUAGUAUUGAAUUACGCCGGGUUGGAUCUGAAGAUGAAAAUAGCCAUCCUUUUUACUACACUGUUUAUCAAUGGAAAAUGGCUGCUGCACCUCCCGAUUUAGUCCGAUUUUGCGAUCCAACCUACGAUCAACAACGAAAGAAGGAGUUAACGCAUUGGAUUAGGAAUCCUGAUGAUAAAACUUCGUGUCAAACUUUGCAAAUUUUAUUUGCAUUUUCGGUACCGACGCUAGAGGCAAUCAAUACCCUUCGUUCUUUACGUCGAAAGAUUGUAUCAGCAGGAGCUGGUUGCGGUUAUUGGGAAUUUCUUCUAGCAUCGCGUGGUGUUGAGAUUAUAGCUUUUGAUGCUAAUGGUGUUUAUCCAAAGGAGAUGCACUAUAUCACUAUUCAGACUGGAUCUAGUGAAUUAUUAUCCCAAUAUAGCGAUUAUGCACUUAUGCUGGCUUGGCCUGACGACACCGACGAGUCCAGUUUCUCUGUGGAUUGUUUAUCUCAUUAUGAAGGUGAUUGUAUAAUCCAUAUUGGCGAAUUAUUUGGUGAGACGCUUUCUUUCAAUCCUUGGGGUCAAUCAACGUCCUGCAAGUUCCAAUUAGAACUUUUAAAAUCAUUUCGAUGUAUCAAAAGAGUCAAUUUACCGAAUUGGCCUGGACAUAAAGAUAACUUGACUAUCUGGAGGCGAAUAAAUAGCAACAUUCGAUUUCCAACUGAGACUCAUUGUUACUUUGAAUUAUAA